AUGUUUUCAGAAAUAAUACCUUCAUUAAUAGAUUAUUGUCAACAUUUGGAUCAUACAAUAAAGGAAUUGUAAUAAUAAAUUUUGUAGAUGGAAACAAUAACAAAUAAAACGAAUUCACACAAAAGACCAUUAGAGAUGAAAUAUUUAUAACAUAAAUCAUCACUUCCAUCUACACUUCCUGAUAUAAAUAAUGAUAUUGAUAAGAUUUUAUAAACAGCAGAAUAAUUUUUAUCUGAUCCUAACAAAACAUAGAUUGAACCUAAGAAAUAAGAAAAACAAGAUUUUGAAUAACCAAAAAGGAAAUUAGAAUAAUUAAAAUAAUCGAGUAGUAAAAAGUAAAUACUAUCACGUAAAGUAAGUUAAAAAAAAUUAUCUCCUUCAAAAGUAUCAAUGCAUAAACGAUCUGGAUCAUUAUAUAAAUAGGAAGUGACACCUAAAGUUACAUAAGUAUAACCAAAGUUUCCAAUAUAAUAAAGAGAAUCUACUAAAUCAUUUAAAGAUUAAAGUAGAUUGAUAAAAUAAUCUCCAGUUAAAUCAAUACAUGAAAAGAAUUCAAUUUUAAUUGAAGAUUAAAGUAAAGUUAAACCACCAAUACCUAUGGUUUAACCAGUUAGAAAAUAAGCAUCUUAACCAUAUUUAUAAUUAUAACCAAUUGCUUAAUAAUAAUAAUAAUAAUAAUCUUAAUAAUAAUAAUAAUCUUAAUAGUAAUAAUAAUAAUAAUAAUAAUAAUAAUAAUAAUAAUCAUAGUAAUUGAAUUAAUCAUAUUCAUAAUCAUAAACGAUAAAUAAAAUGGAGAAUACUUAAUAAUAAUAAUAGAAUGCAUUAAAAAAGCUUGAUUUUUAUGGAUAUAAAGAAUUGAGUAGAUUAAAAAGAAUGAAAGAUGCUGUUUUUGUUGAAUAUUAAUAAAGUUAUACAUAUUUUAGAGAGAAGGAAUAAAAAGCUAGAGCUAGAUUUUUAACUAAAUUUCAUUAACAUAUGAAUGAAAGAAAGAAAUUAUUAUAAUAAUCUGCUUAUGGAGAUAGAUAAACCUUUUUCUUUCUAAGUGAUUAAAUUCAUCCAUAAUUCUAUUCCUUUAUUGAAGAAUAAUUAACGAUUGGAUAGCCAAAGACACUACUGAUACUGAAAUAUUGUGAAUAAAUACAGAAGACUAUUGAUACAAUAGAAGUAUGUAUAUAUAUUUAAAUAUUUUAAGUUUGAUGAUGAAUUAUUAAAGAAUCUUAAGCGAGCAAAUAAGUCUAACAUUUCCAAAAUAUCACUUACAGAAUUAAUUGAAAUAUUUAAAUUAUGGAGUCAAGUCUAAAUCAUUAGAUAAAAUUAUUAAUAACUAACAUAAUUUAUAUAACCAAUUCCAGAACUAACAUAUGAUUUGAUUUAGUGGAUAUGUCUUAAACCUAAGAUUAUUAAAAAAGAAAAAACAUAAAUUUAAUUAAGCCAAAAAGUUAUUCGAUACAAUCAAUAUACCUCAUCUUAAGAAGAAGCACUUGAAACUAAUAAACUAAUUAUUAAAGAAGAGGUCUUUCGAUUUUUAUGGGAUAUUAUUUAAAAAUUAGUAUUCUCAUAAUAACAACUUGAAACAUCAAUGACUUUAUUCAAGUCCAUUCUCAAAUUCCUGACAAAAAAUAACUGUAGUGUAUAUGUGUAUAAGAAAUCAGAUUUAUUUAUAUGACAUUAAUAUAAAAUGCAUAAUUAAUUACUAACUAAUAGAUCAAAUAUCAAAUCAGAUCGUAUUUCUAAGAUCUUAUAAACAUAUUCUAUUGAAAAUCAUAAACAAAAUCAAAACAGUUUUAGAAUCCUUAGUUACAAAAUAAGAGGAAAGUACUUAUAUCAGAUAUAAAAAGAUAGAAAAUCAAAUUACAGAUCAUCAAACACCAAUUUAAGAUAAUAAUUAAAUAUAAAUCUCUAAAUUUAUUACUCAUCAUAAAUAAUCAUAAAUCUAAAUUAAUGUUAAAGAUUUACUGAUACAUAAAACUUAAAUACAAAAAUCAUAAUCUUAAAAAUCUAGAGAUUCUAAUCAAUAUUAAAAUGAAAUCAUUGAAAAAUUGAAGAAAACAUAAAAUCAAAUCUAUAAGAAUUACAUAUCCAAAAGAGAUACUAUUAUUGGAUCAAAAGCUUAUAGAAAUUAAAGUAAUUUCAGUCUCUACUUAGGGAAUUUCGAUAUCUGUAGCAAAUGUAAUGACAAAAGUACUCUAUCCUAAUAAGUCUUAUUCGAAACACUUAUAAAUAAGAGCAUUCAAAAAAAAUCACAGAUUCCCAAAAUUUAUACGUUCAGGAAGUCAAGGUAAUCUUCUUAAUAAUUCCAAAAUAUAAAACAAGAUUCCUGAUUCAAAACUUAAUAAAAUUUAAACCUAUCUUUAAUAAGCUAACACUCAUCGACC